CCAUCCGUCGUGCUAAUUGGAGAUUUAACAGUGUUAUUUGUUGGACUCGUCAAAGACCUUUCAAACAGGCCCCAAACUGCCUUAAAACGGUGUAAAAUAUUGUAAAUUAUAUAACUCUCAUCAAGUGCCUCAAAAACUUCAAAUUUGAAGUUCAAUAAUGGUAAUGAUAGACAUCCUAUAGGAAUUCGUAAAGAGCCAACGUUUUUCAAACGCCCUCUGAUAGCAUUUCCAACGCCACGACAAUGGACAGCGUUAAGGUUGAGGCGUUCAUCAAAAGCGAAGAAAGCCGAGCAAUGCCCCUGAUUGGAGGUGGCAGCGGACCAGGAGCCCCCAUCGGACCGGGGUCAGUCGGCGUGGGAGUGGGGGUCGGGGCCGGGUCAUCGACCACGCUGAGUGUGGAGCUGUGCCUGGUGUGUGGCGAUAGAGCUUCCGGUCGACACUACGGCGCCAUUAGCUGCGAGGGCUGCAAGGGUUUCUUCAAGCGUUCGAUCCGCAAGCAGCUGGGUUAUCAAUGCCGCGGAGCGAUGAACUGCGAGGUUACGAAACACCACCGGAACCGGUGCCAGUUUUGCCGGCUGCAGAAGUGCCUGGCCAGCGGCAUGCGAAGUGAUUCUGUGCAGCAUGAGAGGAAGCCAAUCGUGGACCGCAAGGAGGGUAUUAUCGGGGCGGCAGGUGGCUCGACCAGCACCGGAGGUGGGGGCAGCUCCUCCAACUACCUGUCUGGCAAGUCGGGAUACACGCAGGGCCGUGGCAAGGGACACAGCGUCAAGGAGGCGACGGCCACACCUCCCGUCCAGAGCUCUCAGGCAACGCCCUUUAAUUUGAAUGAAAACCUGUUCCCGAUGGGUCUCAACUUUGCUGAAUUGACGCAAACUUUAAUGCUUGCCCAACAACAACAACAACAGCAGCAGCAACAACAACAGCAGAGUGGCAGCUACUCGCCGGAUCCUCCCAAAGCCGAACCGGAGGAAGAUGAGGACGACUCCAUGGACAAUAGUAGUACUUUGUGCCUGCAACUGUUGGCCAACAGUGCCAGCAACAACAACUCCCAGCACUUGAACUUCAAUGCUGGAGAGCCACCAGCCGCCCUGCCCACCGCCUCCACCAUGGGUCUUAUCCAGAACUCGUUGGACAUGCGUCUGAUCCACAAGGGUUUGCAGUUGCUGCAGCCCAUCCAAAACCAGCUGGAGCGCGGUGGCAAUGUAAACGUGAAACCCGAAUGCGAUUCAGAGGCCGAGGACAGCGGAACGGAAGAUGCCGCUGACACGGAACUAGAGCACAUGGACCUAGAGUUUGAGUGCGGCGGAAACCGCGCCGGGGAGUUUGUGGUCAAUGAAGCGGUCUUCGAUCAGGAGCUACUGACUGAUGCCCAGAGCGCCUUCCACGUUCAGCCACCGACCUUGGUCCAUUCCUAUUUGAAUAUCCACUACGUGUGUGAAACGGGGUCGCGAAUCAUUUUCCUGACCAUACACACCUUGCGGAAGGUUCCGGUAUUCGAGCAGUUGGAUGCCCACAGCCAGGUGAAGCUGCUCCGCGGAGCCUGGCCGGCUCUGAUGGCCAUCGCCUUGGCCCAAUGCCAGGGACAGCUGUCGGUGCCCACCAUUAUUGGGCAGUUUAUUCAGAGCACAAGGCAACUGGCCGACAUCGAGAAAAUAGAACCGCUGAGGAUCUCCAAAAUGGCUAAUCUUACAAGGACCAUGCAUGACUUCAUCCAAGAGAUGCAAACUAUGGAGGCAACCGACCUGGAGUUUGGUCUGUUGCGCCUGAUCCUGCUCUUCAAUCCGUCGCUUAUGCAGCAGCGCAAGGAGCGUUCGUUGCGAGGAUACGUGCGCCGAGUGCAGCUCUACGCCCUGUCUAGCUUGCGGCGGUUUGAGGGAGACGGAGGAAGUGCCUCUGGAGAGGAGCGGUAUAACAGCCUGGUGGCUCGCCUCUUUCCCCUAAGCAGCCUGGAUGCUGAGGCGAUGGAGGAGCUGUUUUUCUCCAAUCUGGUCGGGCAAAUGCAGAUGGAUGCGCUGAUUCCGUACAUCUUGAUGACCAGCAACACCAGUGGAAUAUGAUGGAAUCCUUUCUAGGGACUAAAACGGGGCGAGUCUUAGACCCAAGACCCGCCCAAAAGCAAGACUGAAGAUGGACCAAGUGCGCCAAGUGGGCAGUACACGAAGCAAAUAGGAAAAUCCCCAUAAAUAUAUAUAUUAUUUAGCAGACAAUAUUGAACUUCUGGAUAAACUGUUAGUGUCUCGCGUAAUAGAAAUAAUUCCCAAUAAAAAUUGUUUUCGAAAAUUUUAUUAAAAUAAACUACUUAUAGUUUAUA